AUGGGGGCCACAUCUGCCUGGGCCUUGGGCCUCCUGGUGCUACCAGUACUGCUGUUGGUGGCUGGGGACCAGGGGACACAGGACGCCAUCAUGGCCACAACUGAGAAGGGGCUGCGCCUGCAGAAGGUGGGCUCAGGUUCAGUGCGGGCUGCGCUGGCAGAGCUGGUGGCCCUGCCCUGUCUCUUCACCUUGCAGCCGUGGGCGGGAGCAGCCCGGGACAGCGCCCGGGUCAAGUGGACCAAGGUGCGCACUGCGUCGGGCCAGCGACAGGAUGUGCCCAUCUUGGUGGCCAAAGACAACGUGGUGCGGGUGGCCAAGGGCUGGCAAGGACGUGUGUCACUGCCUGCCUACCCCCAACACCGAGCCAACGCCACACUGCUGCUGGGGCCACUGCGGGCCAGCGACUCUGGACUGUACCGCUGCCAGGUGGUGAGAGGCAUCGAGGAUGAACAGGACCUACUGCCUCUGGAGGUGACAGGUGUUGUGUUCCACUACCGCGCCGCGCGAGACCGAUAUGCCUUGACCUUCGCUGAGGCCCAGGAGGCCUGCAGGCUCAGCUCUGCCACCAUCGCGGCCCCCCGGCACCUGCAGGCUGCCUUUGAGGACGGCUUUGACAACUGCGAUGCAGGCUGGCUCUCUGACCGCACUGUCCGGUAUCCCAUCACCCAGUCCCGGCCUGGUUGCUAUGGAGACCGCAGCAGCCUUCCAGGGGUGCGCAGCUAUGGAAGGAGAGACCCCCAGGAGCUCUAUGAUGUGUAUUGCUUUGCCCGCGAGCUGGAGGGCGAGGUCUUCUACGUGGGUCCGGCCCGCCGCUUGACUCUGGCGGGUGCGCGUGCUCAGUGUCGCCGCCAGGGUGCCUCACUGGCCUCGGUGGGACAGCUGCACCUGGCCUGGCACGAGGGUCUGGACCAGUGCGACCCGGGCUGGCUGGCGGAUGGCAGCGUUCGGUACCCGAUUCAGACGCCACGCAGGCGCUGCGGGGGCCCUGCCCCGGGCGUGCGCACCGUGUACCGCUUCGCCAACCGCACCGGCUUCCCUGCGCCCACCGCGCGCUUCGAUGCCUACUGCUUUCGAGUUCAUCAGCCCACACCACUGCACAGAGACCUGGACACCCCUGCCUCUGGGGAUGAGGGGGAGAUCCUGUCAGCAGAGGGGCCACCGGGCCAGGAACUGGACCCCAGCCAUGGGGAGCAGGACACAGCUACCACAGAUGCCCAGGAGCCUCUGCCGUCCAGUGGGGAUGAAGAGUCCCUCAUCCCUGCAGAGGAGCAAGUAUCUCAGAAGACCCCCAGCAUCACCCCCCGCCACCCCACUGAGGAAGCACAGCAGGCCUUCAGCCCUAGCAGCACAGGGACAGGGACUGGGACAGGCACGGUAACAACCGCAUCUGUGGAGGUGACCACUCCAGUGCCCAUACCACAGAGGAGGGGCCGCUUCAAAGGGCUGAAUGGUCGCCACUUCCAGCAACAGGAGCCCAACACCCUCAGGCCGGAGGGGACCAGCACCCUGCCACUGCCCCCAGGGGAUUCUGGGAACCACAUAGAACUCCCCUCCAUCACAGAGGCCUGGGGGAACAGCCGGAGUGGGGGUCCCUGGGACAUUUUGACCAAUGAGGUGAACGUCCUUGGUGCAGGUCCCCCUGGUGGCAGGAGCCCCCCAGAACCCUGGCUGUGGCCCCUGACUGAGACCCCACCCAGCACCCCCGUGCCAAGUGGGAUGCUUGACCUGAAGCCGGAAGACACCGAGGUCCCCACUGUGCAGCCAGCCACUUCCAGCCCCCCCUGGUCCUCCUUGGAGCCCACUGUCCCAGCCCCCAGCGCCAUUGAGGGCCCCAGUGCUGCCUCUGGGGAGCCGGCAGACACAGUCAUGUCCCCAGACUUCCCCAUUGUGGCCAUGCUGCGUGCCCCCAAAAUGAGUCUCCUGCCAGCCUCUCCACUUGCCCCCACUGAAGCCAUGUCCUCUGCCCUCCCCUCGCCAGCCUCAGAGAGCGGGGUGCAUUCCCUGCCCCCCUCCUGGGGCUCAAGGGGACAGGGCAGGGAGACCCCUGGUGUGACAGUGAGUCACCACACAGCAGGGAGUUUCAUGGUCCCUUCUCAGGCAGCCACAGACACACAUGCUAGGACCCGCCCUGCCCCGGACUUUGGAGAAACUGAGGUGACCAGCCUUCCUGGGCUCAGCACAGCUGAGCCCCCUAGCCCCAGCCAGUGGUUUUCUGUGGAUGGGAAUGUGACAGUAGACAUUGUCCCCAUAGAGCACACAGACAUCAGUGGUAUCUUGGGGUCUGGGUCUGGGGUCCCUGAUCCACCAGAAAACCCCACUUCCAGCCUGCAGACCACUGUGGUGCCAGACACCUGGUCCUCACCGCACGGUGAAAGGCAGGACCCCAGCCCCCCAUUGGCACCUGUGAGGAACCCUGAAGUCACCUUGUCUUUGGUGCCAGGGGCAGCUACAGAGGAAGAGGCUACUAUGGGUCCCAGCAAGUCCCCGGCCACACCACUCCCCAGGGAGACUGGCAGUGUCUGGUCAUCUGUGUCCCACAUGGCCAGAGAAGCCCAGAGCCCCGCCUCGCACCCUUCAGUGACUGCAGAUUCAAGUAUGGUGAUAUCUGCUGCACCCCUAGACCAGGUGACCCAGGUUGUGGUCCUUGACACAUCUGCGUUGUCCUCUUUGAGCUCCCAGCCCCACCCAGAGCCAGAGGGCCAGCUGGUAGCUGAAGGGACACAGAAACCCGCAGCCCCUCCACCUCCAGGCAGCCCCCUGGAGAAACCAGCUCUUUCCCCUUGGACAACCCCCACAUCUGGUGUGGAAGAGGCUGCCUCAGUUUCCUCAGGAGAGUUUGAAGUGGCCUGGGAUGCCCCCAACACCCUGCUGCCUGUCCCCCUGGGCACGGAGGAGUCAGAGCUGGAAGUGCUGGCUGGAAGCCCAGGCCUGGAGGGCUUCUGGGAAGAGGCGGCAAGCGGAGAGGAGCCAGCCUUGCCAGGGACACCUGAGAACGGGACUGCGGAGGACGUUCCCUCCGACCCCUGCGAGAACAACCCCUGCCUGCAUGGUGGAACCUGCAACACGAAUGGCACUGUGUAUGGCUGCAGCUGUGACCAGGGCUUUGCUGGGGAGAACUGCGAGAUUGAUAUCGAUGACUGUGCCUGCAGCCCCUGUGAGAACGGAGGCACCUGUAUCGACGAGGUCAACAGUUUUGUCUGCCUCUGCCUCCCCAGCUACGGGGGUAGCCUGUGUGAGAAAGACACGGAAGGCUGUGACCGCGGCUGGCACAAGUUCCAGGGCCACUGCUACCGCUACUUCGCGCACCGGCGGGCGUGGGAGGAGGCGGAGCGGGACUGUCGCCGCCGCGCCGGCCACCUGACCAGCGUCCACUCCCCGGAGGAGCACAAUUUCAUUAACAGCUUCGGGCACGAAAACACGUGGAUCGGCCUGAACGACAGGAUCGUAGAGCGCGACUUCCAGUGGACGGACAACACGGGGCUGCAAUACGAGAACUGGCGGGAGAAGCAGCCUGACAACUUCUUCGCGGGAGGGGAGGACUGCGUGGUGAUGGUGGCGCAUGAGAGUGGGCGUUGGAACGAUGUCCCCUGCAACUACAACCUCCCCUAUGUGUGCAAGAAGGGCACAGUGCUGUGUGGCCCUCCUCCGGCCGUGACGAACGCCAUGCUUGUUGGUGCCCGCAAGUCCAAGUACAACGUCCACGCCACUGUACGCUACCAGUGUGAUGAAGGCUUUGCUCAGCAUCACGUGGCCACCAUUCGGUGCCGGAGCAACGGCAGGUGGGACCGACCCCAGAUUGUCUGCACCAAAUCCCGACGGUCCCACCGGAUGCGGAGACAUCGGCGGCAUCACCAGCAUCAGCAUCAUCACCACAAAUCGCACAAGGAGCGCAGAAAACACAAGAAACACCCCGCGGAGGACUGGGAGAAGGACCAAGGGGAUUUCUGCUGAGGAGCAGGCGAAAGAAAGCACAGCCCUUCCGAGCCUGCGAGACAGAGCCUGGAGAACAGGAGGGCCUGGGAGCCCCUGAGCCCCAGCCACACCCCUCACGUAACCCCUUGUACAAAGCUACCCGUCCUCCCUUAUCCUCGGGGUCCUCUUGGCAGGUGUUGCCAUGUGUCUGAAAAGCACGUUCCCCCAUCAGGGUGGAACUCGGGGCGCUGCUCAGCGCCGCUCGCUCCUGAAGAUCAUUCUUUGCGUGGGUUUGAUCUUCUGUUGGCCAGGCUGGUGGGCAUUUGUUGAAAUAAGACUUUGACGAGGG